CACUGGUGCAUAAAACCAUAACAAUUCAAAGGAUUGAUAAGUUUUGCAGUUAUGAGGAAACGUAUACUGUCACUUUACACAGAAAAGGUGUAUUUUCACCUGGAAGAAAGUGUAUUUUUAACUGGGGAAUCCGGGAAAAAUCCAGGAUUUUUUUUUUCCUUGGUCACGUAUACACCCUGGACAAUGUUACAGCAGUGCCCCCUAUGUGAGGAGGACAUAAGCACUGCAUCUGACUGGUGAUGGCCCAGUUUAAUAGCAGCUUCAAGAUUAGCGACUUCUAUAGCAGUGUCGACACUAGUCAUUUUGCUUGUACUCUCUGUGUAGCACAGACUUGAGAUUAUCUAUACUGAAGAAGAGUGAUUAUUUCGUAUGUUGCCCUUUGCAUGCAACACACCUGUGUAAUUUUCAAAGUUAAGUAUUGUAAUUUUCUUAUUGUAAUAAAACUCAUUAAUAUGACUUUUUGAUUGUUUGUCUAGCAAACUGAGUAUGCAGGCUUCCUAGACCUACAUAUCUGGCUGUGAGGUGAACAAAUCCCAUAGUGACAAACCAGAGCCUGCGUGCCACAAUUUUGUUCUGUCAUGGGCUUCUGUGUUUUGCUGGCACCUAAAUUCUCCCUUGUCUUUCCUUUGCAGAGGUGUGUUUACAUGUUUUAACAGUGUUUUUUCUAUUCAGUGUUUUCAGGUGUAUUGCAGAAAUUUGCUUUGCUUGUGUGCUUGUUUUUAUUGCUUGCAUUGUCUGUUUAUUGCAUUUGCCUCUUCGAAAAUGACCAACCCAUCUCUCCCACCCCCUGCUCAGGUGCCUCAGAUGCAAGCAAUACAUCCAAUGCAGCUGACACACAUGUUUCAGUUUCAGACACAGCAGAUUACACCUCUUCUGAACACAGUACAGCAGUUACUGGCAAAUCAAGCAAAUUUGGUGCAACAGGCAACAACUUUAGCUCCAGAUGCCAUACCACCUUUUUUACAGGUUAACGAAAAAGAAGAGGAAUGGCUUGAGUGGUUGCAACAGUAUGAAGCCCGCAUCAUUGCUCACAAAGUAUCAGAUUUAUGGAUCCCGAGGACAGUGUGGCCACAGCAGCUGCCAGAGGGUGUCAUCACGACACUACAGGAUGACACCAUGGAGACAGGGCCUUCACCUCCUCCACCUCCUUUUGUCCUACUGAUGGAACUGGGCCCACCGACACUACAGUGCCUUUGACAUCUGGGUAUGAGCCUCAGGAGGUGGACACGUAUCCUUCUGGGCAUUUUCUGAGGGACAUUUCCACCAGAGCAAAGGCUGGAUGGUGGGGUAUGACCGGAAGUCUGACAUUCCCUCCUGCAGCCACAGCUUCCGGUCCCUCUGAGCUUCUGGUCCCUCUGAGCUUCUGGUCCCUCUGAGCAUCCAUGCUCCUGCAUCCCCUCCUGCUGUCAUGCUCCCUAUACUACAACGACGUUCAGUCACUGGGGGGGGGGGGGGGGGGGGG